AUGGGCAAGAAGGGAAAGAAAGACAAGAAGCCAAAGGCUCCAGGGAUGCCUCUGCAGCCCGAGGAGCUUAACCUCGAUUUAACAUGGCAGAUCGAGACGCUCGAAAGGGACUUGCUGGUGAAGCAGAGAAUCGAGGAGGUAAAGACACAGUCAUUUAGAAGGUAUUCGUUUCAUACUUUGUCACAACUGGUGGUGACGUCAUCAUCACCCUAUAUUCUCAUUUCAGCACUAGAUUUAAAACCAUAAGCAUCUUGUACUUAAACUUAUGAACUUUUACUUUGUCCUUUCCUCAGAACUUGCGCGCUUCAACGAUGAAGAUGCGGGAUCGAGUGGAACAAAUGCAGGAUGAUUUGAAACAAGAGAAAAAGAUUACUUAUGCUGUCACUUCUGACAUGGCGAGACGCUACAAGUCCCUCCAAGAGGACCUUAUCCACAAGAUAAACACCCUUGAAACAACGCUCACAGAGCAACGGGAGGAAGCGGGUACUUCUAAGCUUUUCCUUUAGAGAUCGUUUCUAUUUCAAUUUUUGACGAAUAAUGGCCUCUUGCUCGGGUUAGGGUUUAGGGUUACUUAGGGUUUAGGGUUACUACUCUCAUAUUCUUGCUCAUUGAACCCCAUUGACAACAUGACUCUCCAGAAUCAACCUGUCGGAUCAAACAUCGAUCUUUCAGAUAUGACAAAGCAUGAGUUGCAGGAGCUGAUACACGAUAAAGACGAUAUCAUAGCACACAAAGACCAAGUCAUAUCGGAGUUGAAGAAUAGAACAGAGAUUAUGUGCACAGAAUUCCACGAUAUGCUAAAUUCGACGCUAAAGCUAAUGAAAGACCACAUGGCUGCGAAACUAAUACAGGUACUUCUUGCUUGUGACAUUCUACAUUUCGAAUCGCUACAUUCAAAUUCAUGAGAACACAAAAGUAGGUUAUUCCACCUUUCAUUCAUAUCGAUUUUGUCAGGAGUAGAAAGAACACCAUCGGUCACAUGAUUAAGUGUGACCCUGCUGAACAACACUGACAUCCCAGGACCCCGACGCGACAGCCGAGACCGGCGCUGCUUUGAAGAGCAGUCAAGAGGCCUACGCAGCUAAGCUGCAACAAUUAGGUGGGCAUCAGUCUGGGAUGCCAAGUAAAGCAGCCUCGUAA